UUUAUGUCGACAUGGAAUGUAUAAAAAAAUAUCGGUUUAUUUGCUACAUUUAAGAUAGAUGAAGACAGAUAAAAUAGUUGUACACCAACUAUAUCAUGGUGCGGUCAUUUCUUUCCGGUAGAAGCUAAAGAAUUACAUUUUUUCUUCAUUGUUUAUGACUCGGGGUUGUCAUGCCUCCGGGUGUUGUUGUGUCCUCGUCGACAAGUUGAGACAGACGUCAAGGUGUGGCGGGGAGGAAUCUGUUACUGCACAUUUUAAGUGUGUCAGUGGAAAUACUUCGCCAAACUUUUCCUCGCGUCAAUGAAGGCUGACGUCAUUUCGGAGGAGGGAAGUCCUAAUGUGACGAAGCCGCACGGCCACAGAAGCCACAGGAGCGAUGCUGGUUGAAUUUAAGAGCUUUUGGCGACGUGAAGUGAAGUGAAGUUUUUUUUUUUUUUUUUUGGUGGACUCUGAGCCUUGGAUUAGUGCAAGUUCCGCCCACGAGACAAGCAGGAACCUUUAAGAUCCACAAUGGAAAGAGCCUAAAACACCUGGAAGAAGAGCAGUUCCUUCCUUUCACUGCCCCUCGUCAUCAUCUGUCAUGGCCGCUCUGCGUCGAUUCAGCUCCGAGGGAUCCCUCCUGGAUCUUGAUUUCUUCUCAUUGAGGAAGGUGAACCUCAAGAGAACAGAAUAUGACAACCGUCGGGAAUCUGGCACGUACACACCUCGUGUCGCCGACGAUGAGGUAGAUGCAGAGGAGCCUCCUAACAUUCACGAGCCAAGUCCUUCUCAGGCUGGAAAGAGCGAGCUGAUUAAGGAGCACAGUGUCAGCGUGGAGAACCUGAGAGACCUGGAGAAAAAGAACAAGAGCCAACUCGAAGUGUGUUCCAUCGGCGACUGCUACAGGGCCUACAGUGAUAGCCAACUGGCCCCGGCUGCAAAGGGAAGCACAGAGAGCGUAGAAAGAGAUGACCUACCUUCUCCAUCUGCUUCGUCGUCGUCCAAUCCAUUCCCCCUCAAAUCCCAGCAUCGAGCCAAACUGUCAGCUGCUAAACUGCACCUCAAGAGUCUGUUCGGUCAGAGUCCCCAUUCCUCAAACUCCAACCUUUCAAACACAGAACAAAAAGACAGUGCCAAAGAGAGGCGGUCGCGUUUGCUCUUCAUGCGUCAGUGGAGCCAGGUGGGCCACAGUCAGAAGCACAAGUUAAAUCGAGAGGAAAUGGAAAAAUGGGCCGAGUCCCUGGACCGCCUGCUGGCCAGUCAGACUGGGCUUUCAGUGUUUGGUGCAUUCCUGCGUUCCGAGUUCAGUGAAGAAAAUCUGCAAUUCUAUCAAGCCUGUGAGCAGUACCAACAUUCGUCCAACAACUUCAGCCUGCAGAGGAGGGCGAAGGACAUCUGCGCUACCUACAUCCGACCUGGUUCACCUCGGGAGGUGAACUUGGACUGCAAGACCAGAGAUCUAACCAUCCAGUUGCUGCAGGCUCCCUCUCACACGUCUCUGUACCAUGCCCAGAAGCGCAUCUACUGGCUGCUGGACAUGGACUGUUACCCCCGCUUCCUCCAGUCCACCAUCUACCUCUCCUUACUGCGGGAGGCCGACUAGCAUCCGCAUGCCUGUUGCACGCAGACUGUGAAUGCAGUCGGGACGGCCUCUGGUACUUCCUGGAUUUCCUACUUAAAUAAUACAGACGGCAAAGUACGAAGGGGUACGAGAGCCACACUGAGAAGGGAAAAAAAAAAAAAAAGUCAAGAAUAAAGUUGUAAUGUUAGCAUCAUUUGUAAUAUUAUGAAAAAAAGGACAUUGUAUUAUGAGAAUAAGUGUUAUUUUUAUGUGACACAAAUGUGGUGAUAUUACAAGAAUAAAAUUCUAAUUUUAAAAAUAAAGGUCCAAAUUCCCAUACAGAUAUACAGUAUGCAACAAGUCAGAGCCCAGCAGCUCCUGUCUGUACCGAGACUGUGCUGCAGUAUAUGAAUUGAGUUGUAAAAUGAUAUAUUUGGUUCAAAAAAUGGUUCAGGACGAACAAAUGCACCAGAAGGGGCCAUUUCUGUUUCAACAUUUGAACAAUAUGAAUGAAAUUAAACUGCUCGUACUGAUAAUUGUUGAUUUUCUAAAACUUUUGACUUUGUGGGGAAAAAAAGUUGACCACAUUCCCAGCAGUCCUCAGUUUAGCACGGCUAUUGUGCUGAUAACGUCAUGACUUUAUUCUUGUAAGAUUACCCCCCCCCCCCCGCCCCCCUCUAUUAUCAAUCCAUUUUCCUGUCGUCAUUUGAUUCAUGAGUAACUGUAGCCUAUCUUGGCUGACUUCAUCGAAAAGGGAGGCUCCUGUACACCCUGGUUUGGUAUCCGGGGCAGGCACACAAAAAAAAAAAAAACAUCCACACUCGCAUACCUUUGUACAAUUUAGAGUAGUACUCGAAAUAGCCUGCCGCAUGUUUUUGUAAUGUAGGAGGAAGUUGGAGUACCGUGAUAAAACUCAGGCAAGCUUUUGCCAAAUUGUUCUUGUAGUUUCACGAAUGAUGAACUUUUAAUGACAAAUGCAUGCACCAGAACGAUGGGGUAACUCUAGUGGUGGUGCAAAUUAGAAUUACUCAGCCUUGGUGGAGGUCCGCGGGUGAGUGCGUGCUGUUCCUCAUUUAAGUUGAUCUAGAAACCUGUCCUACAUUUACAGAAGUUAAAAAAAACAAACAAAAACAAAAAAAAAACCCACUCGUGCCCGAACAUAUUACUUGUAAAUAUUUACAAUACAACGGAAAAAAUAGUGUUAAGAUUUUCUUGCUUUUGUUUUGGACAAGUACAUGGUGUAAUAUUUUACCUGCAAUAAUAAAGUGCCUGCAACUGACCAGUUAUCAGUAGU